AUGACCCAAUCAGUCUGCACAUGCUUCAUGUGCAACAACAUCCGCACAGCCCUUCACAACAUCGAUCCGGAGUACACUCGCUCAAUAGAGAGACGACUGUCCGUGCCACAAGGCUUAGAUCACAAAGCUCUCAUCACACGAUACAGAUACGAAUACCCAGACUAUCUCAAAGCCAUGAAAGCGAAGGUCGAACACGAGCUGGUGAUUGCGGAGUUACAACUCAAGAAGUCUGAGGUGGAGGUCAAGCAGUUGCGAUUGGAUAUCGAGACGGGGCGAUUGCAGCGGGAGAAGGCGGAGGAUCAAGUCAGGAUGAACAGUUCAGUUGUCACAACUGGUCUGCUUGACUCUUUCGAGGAAAAAUAA